AUGCGAACAACUACCGACGCGAUACAAGCAGCUGCUUCCAUAUUACGGUUUGUCGAUGACUCUGCUGCACGCACUGUUCAACCUGGGCAAGGUAUCAGAGGUGAGCACGGCGUGAUCGCCAGUGGUCGAGUCAUUCCUAUGCUAUCUGUGGAUCUAGAUGCAGCACACUCUUCUAACAGCUCUCAUGUUGACAAUAAUACUAGCCCCAGCACUGCAGCACCAGUUUCGCCUCCUCGUACUUCACCGCGCCCACCAACCCCUGUUCGGCGUGUUCUACGACGCAAAAUUGGUGUGUUGCAUAGCCAGCGAGCAGCUAAACGCUCGGAUAUAGGACGAGAUGAUCGGACAGAAAUUAUUACUAGAUUAUUAAAUGAAGAAAUUGCUCUUCAAACAGAAGCACCUGUAGGAUGUUAUGCUUCUCCUAAGGGUGAUGAUCUGUUCUUAUGGACGGCAGUACUAGAAGGUCCGCCUGGAACCGUGUAUGAAGGCGGUACCUUUUUUUGCAAUAUACAUGUCACUUUGAGCUAUCCGAAGACACCACCAAAGGUCGAGUUUCUCACAAGGAUAUAUCACUGCAAUGUGAACGCGCAAGGAGAUGUAUGCAUUGACAUUCUAAAUGACAAAUGGAAUCCAUCGAUGUCGAUCAAAACAGUGCUGAUGGCGUUAACCUCACUAAUGUUUAGUUGUAAUCCAGAUGAACCGCUUGUCCCUUCCAUUGCUAAACAUUUAAUCAUGUUGCUGACCUUGGCUAAAUCUCCUCUGAGGAAUGAAUCAGUCAAUGGAGAGACAAUGAAAUGUGAUAAUGUGAUUUCGCAUUGGGACUCAGUCGCAUUGCAUAGGCUACUACAGAUUCUCAAAUUGAAACGCUGA